UUUUUUGCCUCCACUAUGUCUAUCAUGUACACAGUACUUCCUGACAUCAUUAAACAAAUGAUGAAAGAAAGGAAUAUCGAACAAUUCAAAUUCUUCAUCGAUGGUGGUACGAAUAAUCAGGAUGGUUAUAUGGGAGAGAUAGUGUUCUUUCAUGUGGUUACAAAUAAUAAUGAACGACUGAAUCUGGUAUUGAAAUCGGCAAAGGCUCAAGAAGACUUGAAAAACAUCCUUUCUGCAGAUAUCCUCUAUGAAAGAGAACUGAACAUGUACACAAUUGUAAUACCCACCCUGAAAAACUUCGCUGAACGUAACAAUUUGCUGGAAAUGGAUAAAUUCAUACCUAGGUUGUGGUUCGCGGAAAAGCAUUCGAAUCAGGUGAAUAUUGUCCUGGAAAAUUUGAAAUUGCGGAAUUUUCACAUCCACGACAGAAGGAAACCUAUGGACAGUUCCCACAUGAAGGUUCUCUUCGAGACUUAUGGGAAAUGGCAUGGAAUUUCGAUGGCUUUUAGAGACCAAUAUCCCAGACAUUUCUCCAAGUUAUUGGAGAAUUGGAUGGAUCCCAGAUUGAAAUUGAUUCAGAGUUUUGGUCUCGUGAAACUCUACAAGAAAGAGUUAGGUAUCAUAAAGAGAAUGUUGGCGGAACGAGAAAGGGACGAUCUUUUGAAAAUCUUCGACGGUGUUGAAAACGAAAUAGAAUCGAUUUUGUUCAGGAAAAAUUUAGACCAAAGUGACUCAUUGAUAAUAAGCCAUGGUGAUAAUUGGAGUAAUAACUACUUGUUCAAAUAUGAGGGUUCUGAUGGAGAUUACAAGCCAAAUCAAGUCUAUCUCUUGGACUUCCAGUUGUCCCGACUAGACUCGCCAGCUUUAGAACUCAGCAGUACCCUUUACAACAUGGGGGAUAGACAUGUCUUCGCUGAUUUCAACAACCUGCUAACUAUAUACCAUAAAUCAUUAACAGAAACCCUGAAGAUCUUGGGGAGCGACGCCAAAGUUCUUUUCGCAAUGGAUGACUUGAAAAGGCAUUGGAAAAAGUACGGUUUGUUCAGUGUACUGAACUCGUUUGUUUACCUUAGAAUCGCUCUAUGUGAAGCAGAAGAGGCACCAGAUCUAAGCAAAAUGGCUGAAAAUGGAGAGGACCUCGAUGGCGCUUUCUCUUUCGAGACUAAAAAUAUGCAGACAUUUUGGCAGAGGGUGUUAGAUAUAUUCAUACAUUAUGCAGAGUUUUGCAAUCAACUUUCGAUCGAAUGAAGAAAAUUUUGAUUGAUUGUUUAUGUUUGAUGCCAUUAUUAUUUAUUUGUAACUGCAGUUUAAUGUUAUUUAGUUGGGGAAUAACAUUACACAAAAGAUCUA